AUGAGGAGGUACAAGAGCUUCUCCGAGCUGGAGGAGGAGGAGGUUAAGGGGUUCGUUGACUUGGGCUUCGUCUUCAACAAAGAGACGAUCAGCCCGAGGAUGAUGAGGGUUGUACCUGGGUUGCAGAGACUGGGAGAGGUCGCCGACGGCGGGGAGGCGGCGCCGGCAGGGGAGGAGAUGAAGCGGAAGAUGAGGAGGCCGUACCUGGCGGAGGCGUGGGUUGUCAACGGGCCCAGCAGCCGCCCUUCUCCAUUGCUGAAUCUGCGGACGCUCCCCUCGAGCCCCACCGAGUGCGCCGACGUCAAGAGGAACAUCAGAUUCUGGGCGAGAUCCGUGGCCUCCGCCGUCCACCAGGAGUCCUCUUGA